GGUCAGCACAGGCCCGGGAGCCUGGCGGGACACACUUGUGCCAUGGCGCACGUCGCAGGCCUGCGGCUGCCCAGCUGCCUGGCCCUGGCCCUGGCCCUGUUCAACCUCGUCCUUGGCCAGGACGUGUUCCUGGCCCCGCAGCAGGCGCUAUCGCUGCUGCAGCGGGUGCGCAGGGCCAACAGCGGCUUCCUGGAGGAGCUGCGCAAGGGCAACCUGGAACGUGAGUGCGUGGAGGAGCAGUGCAGCUACGAGGAGGCCUUCGAGGCCCUGGAGUCAGCCAGCGAGACGGACGCGUUCUGGGCCAAGUACACGGCCUGCAGGUCUGUGCUGAAGCCCCGGGAGACUCUCAUGGAAUGUCUGGAAGGUCACUGCGCCAAGGACUCGGGCAUGAACUACCGUGGGGAAGUGAAUGUCACCCGAUCGGGCAUCGAGUGCCAGCUCUGGAGCAGCCGCUACCCACACAGGCCUGAGGUGAACCAGAGCAGCCACCCGAAUGCUGGGCUGCUUGAGAACUUCUGCCGCAACCCCGACGGCAGCACCACCGGCCCCUGGUGCUACACGACCGACCCCACUGUGCGUAGGGAGGAGUGCAGUGUGCCUGUGUGCGGUGAGGCACGCCUCACGGUGGAGAUGACGCCCCGUGCUGGGGUCACCAGGCCUGAUGCGUCACCUUCCUCGGAGGACUGCGUCCCUGAGCGAGGCCGGCACUACCGGGGUCACCUGGCAGUGACAUCACUGGGGUCCCCUUGCCUGCCCUGGGCCAGUGAGCAGGCCAGGUCCCUGAGCCAGGAUAAAGACUUCAGCCCAGAGGUGAAACUGGAGGAGAACUUCUGCCGGAACCCCAAUAAGGACGAGGAAGGCGCCUGGUGCUUUGUGGCCGAUGAGGACCAGGACUUGCAGUACUGCAACCUCAACUACUGUGAGGAGGUGCUGGAGGAAGAUGCAGCAGUGGGGCUAGCCGAGGUGGCCAUAGACGGCCGCACCACGACACAAGACUUCCAGGCCUUCUUUGAUGAGCGGACCUUUGGCUUGGGGGAGGCAGACUGCGGGCUGCGGCCGCUGUUUGAGAAGAAGAACGUGAAGGACAAGACGGAGGCGCAGCUGCUGGACUCCUACAUAGACGGCCGCAUCGUGGAGGGCUGGGAUGCGGAGAUGGGCAUCGCUCCCUGGCAGGUGAUGCUCUUCCGGAAGACACCCCAGGAACUGCUGUGCGGGGCCAGCCUCAUCAGUGACCGCUGGGUGCUCACAGCUGCCCAUUGCAUCCUGUACCCACCCUGGGACAAGAACUUCACCCACAAUGACCUCCUGGUGCGCAUCGGCAAGCACUCUCGCAGCAGGUAUGAGCGGAACAUGGAGAAGAUCUCCAUGCUGGAGAAGAUCUACAUCCACCCUCGCUACAACUGGCGUGAGAACCUGGACCGCGACAUCGCGCUGCUCAAGCUGAAGCGGCCGCUGACCCUGAGUGACUACAUCCACCCUGUGUGCCUGCCUGACAAGCAGACGGUGCUCAGGCUGCUCCAGGCGGGCCACAAAGGCCGGGUGACGGGCUGGGGCAACCUGCGUGAGGUGUGGAAGAACAGCCCGGGUGAGGUGCAGCCCAGCGUGCUGCAGGUGGUCAACCUGCCCAUCGUGGAGCGGCGCACCUGCCGGGCAUCCACGCGGAUCCGCAUCACUGACAACAUGUUCUGUGCUGGGUUCAAGCCUGAAGAAGGGAAGCGAGGGGACGCUUGUGAAGGUGACAGCGGGGGACCCUUUGUCAUGAAGAGCCCCUUCAACAACCGCUGGUAUCAGAUGGGCAUCGUGUCCUGGGGUGAGGGCUGUGACCGGGACGGGAAAUACGGCUUCUACACACACGUGUUCCGCCUGAAGAAGUGGAUCCAGAAGGUCAUCGAGCAGUCUGAGUAGGGCCGCUCCUGCCGCAGCUCCGGCUGCAGAUCGCAGACCAUCGCCAGUCCAUCCAGAGUAUCUCUGUGGCUGCUUCUGAAAUGCCAGCUCCAAUAAAAAUGACUGCAUCGGCCAGCA